AUGGAAAAACAACCUUUUCUAUUUCGGGACGAGACCCGCUCCUGCCAUGGCGAUGAUGUUGACAUUCCCGUUUCACCUGCCUCGAGCCCGAAGUGCGCCCGACGCCGUCGCUUUGUCGCCACCCUCGCCAUCAUUGGCCUGAGCUUCAUACCCUUGCUCGUGCUAGGCUGGUCUUUGAUCUCGACGACUUCGGGCUUCCGCUUUUUCAGCUGCCAUGGCUUGUCAAGGCGUAUUUUCUAUGGUUUCUCAACUACCACGGAGGGCGCGGAGCUGCCCUUGAUGGACCUCGUCGAAGAGGAGCCCUUGAAGGUUCCUCUGGAGGCCCACGUCAUGAGUAAAUGUCCGGAUGCUCAGUACUGCCUGCAAGAGUUGGUUGUGCCAGCCAUGGAGCAAAUCAGCGACAAAGUGGACUUUGACUUGUCCUUCAUUGCAACGGUCUCUCACAAGACUUCGGACAUCGAAUGCAUGCAUGGUCCCAGUGAAUGUAUCGGUAAUAUACUCAUUCUCUGUGCUCAGAGCCUGCCGUUUCCCGAAGGUGGCGAUACUCGCAUGCCGACUAUCCGCUCUCUUGGCUUUGCCAAUUGCCUUGUCAGCUCAUACGAGGACAUUCCAGACCGGGCACUUGUACAUCAUUGUGCCCUGGAACAUGGCAUUGAUUUUGAUGCUUUGAAUCGGUGUGCUAGUCAGCAAGAAGAUGACCCGGAAAACGGUGGUCUGAGUGGCCUCGCGUUGUUGCGAGAAAGUGCUCUUCAUAGCGCUGACAUUGGGGUCAAGACAAGCUGUACGCUGCGGCUGGAUGACUCGACCUGGUGUGUCCGAGAUGGUGGUGUUUGGAAGGACUGCGCCGAAGAUGGGGAGGGGAGUGAGGUGCCAGUACUUGUUGACGAGAUUAACAAACUCUGGGGGGAGAGAAAUUGA